CCGAGGUUAGUUUAAAAGAGCACUCGUCAUCGUGUGCGUAGUCCAAUACGUGUUCGCAGUCCGAGAGCAAAAAAGUAUAUAAUAAAUAUAUCCGUCGUAUUAUUUUUUUUUCGUUAUUUUUUUUUCUCGUCUACCUCUUUAAACGAUUAUACGAAAACCGACGGCCAACAACCAUUACAUUGUAGUGUAUAUAUGUAUAUAUACAUAUAUUUGAGAUAUUGCAACAGUAUAGGAUCGCUCUUCGUCGACGACCAAAUACACGAAUCCGAAUUCUCACAUGCCGUAUAUUUAUAACAAUAAUAAUAAUAAUAAUUAUAUAAGAACAAUAGAAAUCGAAUCACAAUAAUUUUAUUAUUUUAAACCGAUUGGUGCGACGCGCGUUCACAGAUAACACGGUAUACCGUCGAAAUCGAAGCGCACACGCACACGCACGUAACAUUAAUCAUCGUGUCAAUAACGCAUCGUGUAGAACACUGCAGUCGUCUACAGUCGCCGUUGUCGUCGCCGUCAUCGUUGUUACCGUACAAGUAAAUCGCGAAAAAUGAUUCCGAGUCGCGUUUGAUAUUAUCUUCAGCCAAGGAUUUAACCAGUCACAGCCGUCCGGUGAAGCCGUCGUACCGACCACCGUCGCCGGUAACCGUCCUCUUUUACGGCGUCUUCGUCGCCCGACAGAAGUUUCCAUGAAAAUGACGGAAAUGAACGUGGUCAACACGCAGAGCAUCGCCGAUUAUUUGGCGCAGUUGCUCAAAGACCGCAAGCAGAUCGCAGCGUUUCCGAACAUGUUCAUGCACGUCGAACGGCUCAUCGACGAAGAAAUAACCAAAGUCCGGGCCAGCCUGUUCGAGGUAAACGGUGUGAAGAAGGAACCACUGGUGCUGCCGGAACCGGACGGCGCGCCCGUUACUAUUACCGAAAAAGUGUUCGUGCCGGUUAAGGAUCAUCCGGAGUUCAACUUUGUUGGAAGAAUAUUGGGUCCACGUGGUAUGACUGCAAAACAACUAGAAUUAGAGACCGGAUGUAAGAUUAUGGUUCGAGGAAAGGGCUCAAUGCGUGAUAAGAAAAAGGAGGAACAAAACAGAGGUAAACCAAACUGGGAACAUUUAAGUGAGGAACUUCAUGUUUUGAUAUCUGUUGAAGACACGGAAAAUCGAGCUAAGUUAAAGUUGAAGAGAGCCAUUGAUGAAGUGAAAAGGCUACUUGUACCUGCUGAUGGUGAAGAUGAAUUGAAGAAACGCCAACUCAUGGAACUAGCUAUCAUUAAUGGCACAUAUAGGGAUUCAAAUGCCAAAGCAUUGGCAGCAGCAGCUUGUGAUGAAGAAUGGCGUAGGAUGGCUGUUGCAGCAGCUGCUGAGACACAGCGUCUUUUAUCGCCUCAUGGUAUGGGUGGCUUGGCCACCACAUUGCGACCACAGACAGCCACACCAUUAGCUGCACCACUUAUAUUAUCGCCGCGUAUACCGACUGCCAUUACUACCACUGCUGGAAAUCCUGGUGCGCCUCAGCUAUUAUCUCCUGCUGAACAUCAUCAUCAUGCUGCAGCAGCAGCAGCUGCUGCUGGUCUUAUAUAUACGCCAUAUGCCGAUUAUGCUAACUAUGCAUUGGCUGGCUCACCAUUGAUUACAGAAUACACUCCUGCCGAUCACUCGGAAUGUUCGGCCAGAUACAUGCUAAUGGUUCCAGAACUACAAGGGCUCACCUACCGUCACUGGCCAAAUCAACCAGGUGCAGCAGCCGCGGUUGCGGCGGCGGCUCAGGUCGCCAAACAAAGAAGGCAUUUGACUCAGAUCAGGGAUCAUCCGUAUCAGAGGGUUGGCACUUCGAUUGUCAAUUAAAAAAAAAAAAAAACCAAAAUUUAAAAAAAAAAGUUCUUUGAUUCUGAAAGGCUUGCGGAGAUCUAACAUACUGGACCUUUAUUUUAACACCACACAAUGCAGCCUGCGGCCGAAGUGCGACGAUUGCCAGACGGAACUAUAAUUAACAACUAAACAAUAUCAUUCUGCGCACACAUACACUCUUAAAAAAAACGCAAUGUUGCACUUGAAAUUAUUCGUCUAACCAUUUAUCUGUCUGUCUAAUCAUUUGGUAUAAUAAUAUUUGUUUUAUUUAUAUUAUUAUAGUGUUUAAUGUUGUUUCGUAAUAUUAAAAUUUAAAGACUAAAUAGAUUUUUUUUUUGAGUCAUAUGCCUUUAAAAAUUUAUAUAUAAAGAUAUUUAUUUUGGCAUUCAUAUCAACAUUUGUUGUCACUAGUCUUAAUAUUUUUGUUUGUUUUUUUCCUGAACACUGAAUCGCGUUUUGAUCUGAUACGCAAAGUAUACGACAGUAAAAAAAAAAAAAAUUGAACAAACUUUUAUA